AUGGCACAGGCCUUUCCGUACACGUACUACGCAUGCGAUUGCUUCGACAACAACACCACGACUGUUACGAAACGCUCGCAAUUCAUCGCCGCAUCAGAAGACGAGGAGCAGAACUUCGACCCGCAAGAUCCGCGCUCCAACUAUGCCCUCUACCCGCUCGAACACCUUCUCUACUGCGAAGAUUGUCUACAAAUACGGUGUCCGCGAUGUGUCAUUGAAGAGACGCUGAACUGGUACUGCCCAAACUGCCUGUUCGAAGUACCGAGCUCCGUAGUCAAGAGUGACGGGAACCGAUGCACGCGAAACUGUUUCAACUGCCCAGUAUGCAUAUCGCCGCUCAUAGUCAACCUGCUCGAAAACCCCGACGCGGAUCAAAGCGCACCGGACCGACACAUACUGGCGUGCCCAUACUGCCAUUGGAGUACUGUGGAGACUGGCAUAGAGUUUGAGAAACAUACCGGCGUAUAUAGCCAGAUUGCACGGAUAGCAAAUGGUGGAAAGCCCAUACCGACGUCUAAGGAGCGUGACAAGGAGCGCGAGAGGCGUAAGGAGAUGGAAGCACGGCAGCAAAAUCCCCUGUCGCCUUCUAGCGACUCGACAGGCAUGGACAUUGGAGAGUACGAGCCGCCUACUCGUGAUGACCUAUUUUCGAACCUCGCUGCCUUUUACAAAGCACAGCUAGAGGCCCAGACACCGGCGAAUCCCCUCGAGAUGAACUUUUCUUCGCCGUCCGCCUACUCCCGCAUAAUGAACUUGUAUUCAACAACCACUGCAAAGAAGCAGAAGCGCGACAAGCCGACACCAAUGCGUGAGGCGGCUUCAGAGUUGGAGGGGCUGGUUAUACACGAUCCUUCCUCGGACAUUGCAGCAAUCGAGCGUAUCAAGCGGGGCGGAUGGGGCACUACACUCUCGCCCGCCCAGAAGCUCGCACAGCAAAACCCCUACAUAAGGUUUGACGACGAGCUACGACCGAUCCCGACGUUGCUCUGUACAAAGCGCUCAAAACGAUGUCGCUCAUGUCGACACAUUCUCUCUAAGCCAGAGUCCAAGAUUACGUCAACACGAUACAAGAUCAAAUUACUAGCACUCAACCAUAUCCCUCGACUCAGCAUCCGUGCGUUACCACCCACCUCGGACGUCCCCCCACUCCCCGGCAUGUUGCCCGUUCCACCGCCACCCUUCAACUACAACGCUCUUCGUCCCGGGCUUCCAGCCCACUUUCUCCUGCACCUCAGCAACCCGCUCUUCGACCCCAUCCGCGUCACCCUAGCCACUGCUAGUACCACGCCUGGAAAGGUACAAUCCCGCGUCACAAUCCUGUGUCCACAAUUUGACGUCGGCGCCAACACUGAUGUCUGGGAUGAUGCGCUGUCCUCCUCUCCCGCUCCGAUGCCGCGUCGCUCGACCAUCAACGCCGAAACAGGGCAAAUUGAAGCAGGCAAGGUUUGGGAUAAAGGAAGGAAUUGGACUAGUGUGGCUAUCGAAGUCAUCCCAGGUUUUCUGAGUGAGCUUGGCGAUGAUGAAGAGCUGGAGGAAGAUGAUAACCUACUCGAGAUACCGAUCUUUGUACGGCUAGAAUUUGAGGCUGAUGUUAACGCUGAGGAGAGAGGGUUGGGUGAUUCUAGAGGAUCAAAGGGGGAAAAGGAGAAGCGAGAGGAGGCGUUUUGGACAGUAGUGGGUGCAGGGAGGAUAGUGGAGGCAUAG